GUGUGUGUGUGUGUGUGUGUGUGUUGCUUCCAUCACUUGUAAUCAUUUUGUUUGCAUGCCUUCACACCCAAGCAAUUCCUUCUGGACCUAAGCUUUCUACUCCCUAUUUUGUCCCCUUGCCUUUUUAAGCUCCCAUCUGUCAACUUCAGUCCCUCUCUCAAAGAUAUGCAUCUGAUACUCUCAAAUCUCCCAGCCACCCACCCUCCCUCCCUCCCCCUCUUCAAAUACUUGCACCUCCUCCUGCCCCCCAUCCUUCAUUCCAACCCCUCGGUCCUCUCUCUCUCUCUGUCUCUCUCUCGUUGUUCUUAAUUCUUGUGUCAUGGAACACCACCAGUACCAACAACAGCAGCAUGAGGAAAGCAAUACAAGCAGUGUUGUUGGUGGUAGUGUUGGAGGGAGUAAGAGUAACUUCCUCUGCAGGCAGUCCAGCACAAGGUGGAUCCCCACUGCUGAUCAGAUACGGAUACUGAGGGACCUCUACUACAACAUGGGGAUCAGGUCCCCUACCGCCGAGCAGAUCCAAAAGAUCUCCGCGACGCUCCGCAAGUACGGCAAGAUCGAAGGCAAGAAUGUCUUCUACUGGUUCCAGAACCACAAGGCCCGGGAGAGGCAGAAGAAAAGGCUCACUGCGGACAUUUCCAGUACCACCAGCACUCCCAGCAACAGCACCAUAACCACCAUGUCUCCUGGUUUGCAUGGUCCCUGUUCUUCUCCUGGGUUUUAUGGUGUUGGGCAGAUGGGAAGCAGUGGCUGUGGAGGCUCUGUGCUUAUGGAAAGGAGCUUUAGAGUUAAGACAUACUAUCUUGUUCAUCUUGUUUGUUUAUCCUUAUCAAGUAGUUGGAGGAGCUAGCAUUGCACAAGCUAAAAUGUCUCCUACUGACCAUAUCUAAUAGAGCUUAAUUUGUACACUUGGGUGAAACAUUGAUGGUGCAUAAAAAGUUGAGCAUGUGAUGAUAAAAUCGUCGUUUUAUACGAAGAGAAAACAACCCAACAGCUCCUGCGCUCUUUUUGUAGCAGGAAUGUACUUUAGUGUUGAAACUCUCUCAUGCAUUCGUGCAAAAGAGUGAAUCACAUUAAAGGUGGGAAGCAUGAACUCUAGCAUGACAAAAUUGUACCUCUUGGCUCUUUAGGCUCUCACAAGUCACAUCAACAUGCUUAUUUAUUUAAACCUAUUAGAUGGUUUCAUGGUACGACGUCCUUUCCUGUGGGAACAGGAGUGCUGCAUGUCUGGAGGAGGAGGAGAUGGGUCUGGGAUGGAGAGCAGCAUGGGAUGGGUGGGAUUAGAGAGCGCUGCGACGCCAUGGAUGUACCGCUACCCCUUGGAGCACGAAGCAGGAGCUCCGAUGGCGACUCGAGAGAUCGAAACCCUUCCACUCUUUCCCAUCAAACAAGAAGAAGAACAAGAAGGAGAACAAGAGGAGAAAAAAGGGGAAUUCAUCACUCACUGUCAUCUGAACAGCUGCGACAACACCACCACCACCAGCAGCAGCAAUAACCACAACGAUGGCGGCAACCAAUGCCUUCCUGCCUUCUACUGGGGCGGCGGUCAGGCGCAGGACCAACACCACCUCUACAACCACCACCACCUAAACGACGGCAGCGGCGGCGCUGCCGCCCACCAGGCGGCCUCCUUGGAUCUCACCCUCAACUCCUACUACUAUGCUCCCCCGGGAUCCACGUGAUCUCAUGCAUGCCACAUGGCAUCUCCUGGGGAAGUCUUUCUCGGUCUCUUCUGCGAAGAAGGCAGCUUUCCACUUCUACUUCUACUUCAACUUCUCAUCCUAGUGUAGUACUUUUCUGUACCGGACUUCCGUCACUUUGGUUAUUCUUCUCUUCCGUGCCUGUGUGUAAAUAUUUAAGCAGAUGCAGCGAAAACAGUUCUCCUCGGUUGAAUCCACCGUACCUGCAUGCCUUGAGAUUGUUGAAGAUUCCCUGCUACCUCUAUCACAGUACAGUGGUACGUGAGCCUCGAUCUCUCUCUCUCACCUCAGGGUUGAAAACCUUUACCGGACUCAGCCCGUUCUUGGACCCAGCACAGGUUAAUUGGGUUGAGGCAGGACAUUCUAACCUACCACGAGGUACUAACUAGAGGCUCAAUGUGUGUGGCUAGGGUCAUGGAUGGCAUGACACAUUUUUGAUACAUCUUAAUGGGUGUGGUUGGAAAAAAAACAAUUGUUUAGCUAGAAAUUUAGGAGGCAAAUGGCAAUGGCCAAUGAUCGACAAAUAGAGCGAAAUCCAAUGGCUUGCCGAUGAAUCAUGUCGUCCGGGAGCCACUAGAUUCCACUCAAGGCACCGAUAAAGUUAAUCCAUCAAUUGCAAGCAAGUUUAUAAAGAUGCAUGGUAUCCUUGAUCUCUUUAACAAGUUCGAAACAAUUGUAUGCUUUGACCGAAUAGUGUCGGCAAGGGUAGAAUGAUGAAUGAUCUUUUUGUGGGUACCUGGCCAUUGGAUCCUUUUAAAUGGGCCCAGCCCGUUCAGAUACUCAUAAGCUUGGAUUUGAUUUCUUUUGUUGGUUCUAUGGGUGGAUGGAUGGAUGGAUAAAAUGGAGGGAGGGAGAGAGAGCAUUUACAUAUAAUUAAGACCAAAUUAAGUUGCAUAGAUGUCUAGAGCAACAACAAAUUCAGGAGGAAUGUAAAGGGAAAAUUAAAACCACUGGUGUGGGAAUUUCGAUUUGAGAAACUUCCAAUAAAGUGCCAUUUUGGAUCUAGGAGCUAGAAAAGCCAAGAAAGAUUAAGUGAUGAGUAAAGAUAAAUUUGUCCAGUCCCACAGACAAUUAUUUUUGGCGAAUCAAAUCCCUAUCCAUAGAUUAUUUGAGGAGAUAGAAUUGCGAGAAACUUGAGUCAUGCAAGUGGCUAUUGUGGUAGGUGCAGGGUUAUGGGUAAGUUUGUGGUGUCCAUGCCUAAAGAUCUUAGAACCAAGUUUGAGGUCCAUAAAGAAACAUAUAGGCUCCAAAAAUAGCAUCCUUCAGAUGGCUCACUGUUAAAAGAAGUGCAAACAAGGCAGGCUCUAAUGCAAUA